AAAACAAUAAUCUGUUUUUGCAAAAUUCAACCUAUUUCAAAAUUUAACAAUUAUUUCCGUCAAACCCAAUUGAGAUAGCAGUUAAGAGUGUCGAAAGAACUGAUAAAGAGACACCCAAUGAGACAUUCUCUAUUUCCCAUCUGUCUGGCGAUCUGAAGAUAACAUUUCAGAUUGCAUAUAUAUUAACUGUUGAAAUAUUUUCAUAAUAAAAAUGUAGAAAACGGAUUAAAUAUUAUUUUUGGUGUUAAAAUAUUAAUAUAUAUUUUUAAGUACAAAAAAUACUUAGUGCAAGUAAGCGGAAAAUGUUGCUUAUGUUAACUGCAUUCAUUUUGGCUUUCGUUUGUGCAGUGAUUUUUAGAUACUCCUUAUGGAGAAAGGAGUGUUCGAAACGUAUGCCAGGGAAAACACCAGGAUUUUUCAAUAUUCUUGGAGAUGUGAAGGAUUUCAUCGUGUCCUAUGCUCCACCCAGAAGUAAUAUGUUUCAAGAGAAACUCUUUGACCUGUUAAGAAAACGAACAGAAGAGUUUGGGAAAAAGAAUUUAUUUUGUUUGUGGAUGAUUUACCAGCCUAUAGUGAUCAUUGUUGGAUCCGAGGCAGUAAAACAGUUCAUGGAAAAGAAAAUUAACCAUAAACAUUUUAUGUAUGAAUGGUUUGAGCAAGUAAUCGGGACUGGACUCUUGAAUAGUGAAGUCUCUAAAUGGAAAACGCGAAGGAAAUUAUUGAUGCCUUGCUUCAAUUUGACAGUUUUGCGAGGAUUCCUCUCUGUUUUUAAUGAACACUCUCAGAAACUGGUGGAAAUUCUUCAAGAGAGGACAAAGGAAGAAUUUACUUAUAUUGAAACACCUAUAUCAUUUACUACACUGGAUAUUAUUUACGAAACCAUGUUCGGUGUCAAAAUAAACGCUCUGAGAAAUGACAAUCGUCAGUACGUCAGAUCCGUUCAAAGGAUUUUAGAUAUAUUUAUGAUAAGAUUUUUCAAAAUCUGGUAUUGGCCAAACUGGAUAUUUUAUCUGUCAAAGGAGGGAAAAGAAAUGAAGCGUCACGUGAAAAUAGUUCAUGAUUUCACAAGAAAGAUAAUCCACGAAAGGAAAGAGCGAUAUUUGAGCGGUGAUAUAGAGAAAGAUAGAGGUAAACGCAAGGCUCUACUGGACCGUCUGCUGGAAAUGCACAUGGAAACAGGAGAAAUUAGUGAAGAAGGUAUCAGAGAAGAAGUGAAUACCUUUGCACUAGCGGGUCAUGAAACAGUAACGGUCACGAUUAUUUGGGCUCUGUACCUCAUAGGACUCCACAAAGACGUUCAAGAAAAAAUUCAUGAAGAGCUGGACAGAGUAUUCGGGGACGAUACAAAGAGUCCUGUGACGGAGAAAGAUCUCAACGACCUCCAAUACCUUGAUUGUGUCCUGAAGGAAUCAAUGAGACUUUAUCCUUCAGUGCCAUGGUUUGGCAGGCGUAUUCCUGAAGAUACUAAUAUUUGUGGGCACACUUUACCAGAAGGAUCUGCUUGUAUUAUUCAGCCGUACUUCUUGCAUAGAGACGAGGAAGUUUUUCCUGAUCCUGAAAGGUUCAAUCCAGAGCGAUUUUCUUCCACAAACAUACACAAAAUCCCAGAAUAUGCUUACAUUCCCUUCUCUGCUGGUUCAAGGAAUUGUAUAGGCAAAACGUUUGCAAAGAUGGAACUGAAGGUCAUCAUCUCUUCAGUUUUGAGAAACUUCUCCAUAGAAUCUCUAGAUACGAGGGACAAAGUGCAGAUGUUAGCAUCUAUCACUCUGUCUCCAUCUCACCCAAUUCGCUUUAGGAUAAUUCAUAGAACGAUCCGAAAGCAGCACUGAUUAGAUUUCGACUACAUAAAGAAAACCAAAGAAAAACUUUAUAUUUAUGAUCUGAAAUUGUUUAUCUAAAACCUAUCUCUAAUUUCAACAAUGAAUUAGAUAAGUAUUUGUAUUUAUA